AUGGUCUCCCGCAACCCGACCAAAAUCGGCAACAAAAUAAAACGCAGAGAACAACACGUCAAAGCCAAAAAAGCCAAAGAAAACGAAAAGCGCGAUGACAGACUCCGACGCAGACGCACAGAAGACAAGAACCCUGCGUUGAGGGAAGCGCGCAGAGCAAAGAAUAUCCCGCAAACCAUCGACAGGAAGAGGACUUGGGAUACUGCGGGCGAUGGCGAGGAGAGUGAUAAAUUGGGGUUGAGUGUUGAUUUGAAUGUGAUCAAGAGGAGGAAGGUUGAGGAUGAAGAGGAAGAGGUAGAGGAGGAAGAGGAAGAAGAGGAAGAGAAGGACAGUGAUGCAGACUCCAUGAUUGACUUUGACGAGGACGAAGACGACGACGACGACGAAGACACCAAGGCCGCGAAACAACAAAAGAAAGACGAAGCCGCCGCAGCGAAGAAAGCCCGCGCUCCUUCACCAACACCCUCAACAGCAGCGACAAACCUCUCCCUCACCCCUGAAGGCCUAGCCGCAAAAUUCCCUUCGCUGUUUGAGCAAUCUGGCAAAGAUCCCAAGGUGCUAGUCACAACAAGCAUCAACAGUUUCCUGCACCAAGAAGCUACUCUGCUCACUUCUCUAUUCCCAAACUCGGUGUACAUCAAACGCACAGCACACUUCCACGCCCACAAAUACUCGGUUAGCGAAAUCUCCUCUUUUGCUGCAAACAGAAACUACACCCACGUCGUUAUCCUCAACGAAGACCAGAAAAAGCCUGCAGGUCUGGAUAUCGUACAUCUACCUCAUGGCCCCAUGUUCCACUUCAGCAUCUCAAACUGGGUUGAAGGUGCAAAACUGCCCGGUCACGGAAACCCUACAUCUCAUGAUCCCGAACUCAUCUUGAACAAUUUCCGCACCCCAUUGGGUCUGUUGACUGCGCAUUUGUUCCGCCAAAUCUUCCCGCCGCAACCGCAAAUUCAAGGACGUCAAGUUGUAACGCUACACAACCAGCGCGAUUACAUUUUCGUCAGAAGACACAGAUACGUGUUCCGCGACAAGCGUGCGACCGAGAAGAGCAUUGUUGGUCCGGAUGGAAAAGUGGUCGAGGGUGUGGAGGACAUCAGAGCUGGUUUGCAAGAGCUGGGACCCAGAUUCACGCUCAAGUUGAGAAGAAUCGAUAAGGGCAUUCAAAGAAGGAGCGGACAAGAAUGGGAAUGGAAGGCUGGCGACGAGAAGGUCAGGACGAGAUUUGCUCUGUAA